CCUCAUCAAAGCCCAUAGAUAGUCGUAAAAAUAAGCGAACCCCUCGACUACCUAAUCACCCGUUCCUAUCUCAUUAAGCAUUUCUACGGUUCUACCCUAAUUUCCAAUUAUUUUUCUCUCAAUUCUCUCUCUCUCCCAUCCCUAUAGCUUCCUCCCUUUUUCUUUAAGCUUAAAAGAGAAACAACAAAAAAAGAUGAGGCCUUCCCCAAACUUUGCACACAUGCAAAUUCACCACCAUCCACUUUUACACCACUUCCCUCAUUCACCAUUCACCACCCACAAAGCCUAAACUUUACUCAAUCCAAAUCCUACCAUCUCUUUCAAUCCAUCCAUUCAUCCCCAACAUUAAAAAUAGAAAAACAAACCCCAAUUUCCCCAUUUUUCCUCAAACCCCAAAAAUUCAUCCUUUCCUCAUACCCAUUUUUUUCAUCCAAAAAACCCCUUCCCCUCCCAAAAAUCCUCCCUUUCUCCAAACCCAUUCCUCAAAAUCAAACCCCAUAAACAUAAACAAAAAACAACACCAAAAGAACAAAAAAUAAGAAACAUACGAACAAGAACAUAGAUAGUAGUAGUUUUCAAUCUCCCCCCUUCAAUGUGGCGACCGUGGGGAAAAUCAACGGCUCGGAUUCACAACAGAUCAUCAUCACAUUCUUCUUCAUUCUCUUGUUCUUCCUUCAAAGACAUUCAAAAUCUUUGUGUUGAAGAACCUCCUCAACAACCUUUACCUUCCCCAAGAAUACCAACCGUUUUUCACCGAGUCCGACUCACCAACUCGCUCGUCCGUACCUGGUCAACUAACCACAACCAACCCCACAAAUUACCUCGCUCUUUAUCCCAACCCGUAACCGAACCAUUCUCCGAACUACAAUCCGAACCAAAAACAUCACCCAAACCAAAAUCACCACCACCCGAACCAGAAUCCGAACCAUUACGCAAUGUCACUCACGCGCCACCGGAACCUACGCCCAUCCCUUCACUUCCACCGCCUAUUUAUUUUCCGGGAACAGAGCAGCGCGUGGUGAUAUACUUCACAAGCCUGCGCGUGGUUCGACCAAUCUUCGAAGACUGCAAAAGCACACUCGCGAUUCUUCGCGCUUUUCGCGUUCAACUUGACGAACGUGACGUGUCGAUGGAUUCGUCAUUUUUGAACGAACUGCACCGAAUAAUGGGUCGAACAGGUUUAACAUUGCCACGUGUUUUUAUAGACGGGAAAUAUAUUGGCGGUGGUGAAGAGAUUAGAUCAAUGCAUGAGGUUGGCGAGCUCAAGAAGAUUCUAGAAUGUUUGCCCGUAGUGGAUCGAACUGAAUGCCACGUGUGUGCGGGUCACAGGUUUGUUCUAUGCAACGUGUGUAAUGGUAGCAGGAAGGUUUAUAAUGAUAAAGCUGGAUUAAAAGUUUGUAAUGCUUGCAAUGAGAAUGGUCUUCUUAGGUGCCCUUCUUGUUUUCCUCAUGAUUUUAACAAUGAAAUAAAAAAUUAAGAAUUAACUUCUUUUUUUUUUAUUUGAUUUUUAGUUAAUUAGUUUUUGUAGUUUUUAUUUUUUAUUAUUUGGGUGUAAGAUUAGUAGAUUAUGUAUAGGUCUAACAAUGUAGUAUGUGAUUUUGAGUAUCUUUGUCUACCUAUGGAAAUGGUUAAUAUUUUCAAGACCA